AGGUUGUAAGCCCCGAGUGUUAUAAACCUUAAGUUAGGUCGCAAUGGCAGCUGUGUGCCAGCCACGACGGGCCUUGGUGGAAAUACCUGCUCCACAGCCCAAAAUUGCCGCUCGAAUGAGGAGGUCCUACUUGGAAAUAUUAAGUUCACGUAUGGUCCCGACCCCGUCCCCACUUCCAAGAGGAAGAAACACAGCCGCAAACGCAAAGCGUAUGCAGUCAUUGGACUUGGCAGUUGGUGGGGCGUGGAGAGGAAGGCUAGAGGAGCAGUGUGAGAAGAUGGAUGAGCACCACACACCGCUCUCCAAACAGCAGCUUGUGCAGCUUAUUAGAUCCCUCAUCUUGGUCGAACAGAGCCAAGAGCCCAGGGUCAUGGCAUCAGACCUGAAGUAUCUACAGGAAGACCUGCAGCUAAAGAAGGCCAAUGUUUACAGGUCCAUACCUUACUCACGGUUUGGAUCCAACAGGGAUGCUCACUGCUACAGAAAGGCAUACCCUCACCUGGUGGCAUUCAAAGUUUCGUGUCAGGAAUGGGGCCAAGUUCUGCUGAGGAACAAAGAUUGGGACGCCGUGUUGGAGCACUCACUGAUGGCGUGGCGUUACACCAGCGAGCUGCCGCAGUGGGACACUGCAAGCCACAACGCCCUUCGAGAGCAGUGUUACAGCAUCCUGGCGGCUCACAGCCUCACUGCUCUCCAGCACUAUUCCCCCGAACCCAACAGAGGACGCGAGCUGCUCAGAAGACUGAAGAUGGCUCAGCUGUAUAGCCAGUCAAUUGUUCCCUGCAUACAGGAGUUGCAGAGGAUAAUGGAAUGUCUCAAUGACUCGUCCAUGGAUACAAAAUGAAAGGAGAAACCGGCAAAAGAGUGCAAACUGUGGAUGACCGAAAAAAAAGUGCUUUAUGUGUGGUGAUGGGCCAGAAACAUUGAACACAUUAGUGAUUGUGUAAAACCACUACAAUAUUCUUCCAAAGGGCACAGUGGCAAGUGCAAAAUGAACAAAAUGAAUAAUGCAGGCUUCAAAGGGUAAUAAAUAACACUUCCUAAAUGGCUGAAAAUGGCAUUUUAACAGCAUGUGGAAAG